AUGCGGUCCAUUGAGAGCAUGGAGCCAGAGAAAGAACAUACCCAGAGCAGCUUCUUCAACAAGGUGGAUGUGCCUGACCAUGCUCACUACAUUGUCGCUGUAUUCGUCUUUGUCAUCGGGAUCCUGGGCAUCACUGGCAACGCUCUGGUUAUGUUCGCCUUCUAUAGCAACAAGAAGCUACGCAGCCUGCCAAACUACUUCAUCAUGAACUUGGCAGUCAGUGACUUCCUCAUGGCUUUCACACAGUCACCCAUUUUCUUCAUCAACUGUCUCUACAAGGAAUGGGUGUUUGGAGAGAUGGGAUGUAAGAUGUAUGCAUUCUGUGGUGCCCUGUUUGGCAUUACCUCCAUGAUAAAUCUACUGGCCAUCUCCAUCGACCGCUACGUGGUUAUCACCAAGCCCCUGCAGGCGAUACGCUGGAGCUCCAAACGAAGAACAGCCCUGGCCAUCCUCAUGGUCUGGCUUUACUCUUUGGCUUGGAGUCUGGCUCCUCUAGUUGGCUGGAGCUCUUAUAUCCCUGAGGGCCUGAUGACAUCUUGUACAUGGGAUUAUGUUACUUACACACUGGCCAACAGGAGUUACACAAUGAUGCUGUGCUGUUUUGUUUUCUUCAUUCCACUGGGAAUCAUCUUUUACUGCUAUCUCCUAAUGUUUCUGGCUAUAAGAAAGACCAGCAGGGAGGUAGAACGUCUGGGGACUCAGGUGAGGAAAUCCACCCUCAUCCAUCAGAAGUCCCUCAGGAGUGAAUGGAAGUUGGCGAAGAUCGCCUUUGUCGUCAUUGUGGUUUACGUUCUCUCCUGGUCACCAUAUGCCUGUGUCACACUGAUUUCCUGGGCUGGGCAUGCCAAUAUCUUGUCGCCAUACUCCAAGGCUGUCCCUGCAAUCAUAGCAAAAGCCUCCACUAUCUACAAUCCUUUCAUCUAUGCUAUCAUACACAACAAAUACAGGAUGACUCUGGCAGAGAAAUUUCCCUGCCUUUCGUUUCUGUCUCCUACUCCUCGGAAGGAAUGCAUCUCCUCCUCCAUCAGUGAGUCCUCAUUCAGGGACUCCAUCAUCAGUAGACAGUCCACAGCGUCAAGGACACACUUUAUUACAACUUCCUCCAAGUCCACAGACAUGGCAUUGAGGGAUGUAGAGAUGGAGCCUUUGGGAAGGAAGUCAGGUGAUUCCCUCAGAAGCGUGUCGUCAUAUAGUCAGUCUUGCAAAGGGAGGUCCUCAAAGGAACAAUCAGAGCGGAAGACUUACAAGAAACAUGCAGCAGAGAAGCAUCCAUCUGCCAUGAGUGAGUCAUCGAGCACCUGUGAGCAUGAACUGGUUUCCAGCUCUCUGACCAUCGCCACUCUUCCCUUACUAGUUCUUACCAGGAGACGCAGCCAGAGUCUGACCAAUGAUAUUUCAGGUGCUGGGGAGGAGAAAUUCAGCGUCAGUGACAGGCUGAACAGCCACAAGAGUGACUCUUUUGAUUCCCUCAGUUUCAGAAAAAUCCCAUCUACUGAUCCCAGGUCGCCUCAGGGUGUUCCACGCAUAAUUGUCAUCAGUCCCACUUCUGAAAGCAGCCUCAUCAAACAGGACAGUGUCUGCUUGGAGGAGAGUGUUGAGGCAAUGGAGAACAAUGUAUUUGUUAGUCUAAACUUCUCAUCAGAAGUCUUUGAGGCAGUGGAGCUACUGUCUUGA